UCUGCUAGUUUUGAAGAAGAGUUAUACUUUUAAAUCAAGAUAAAAUGAGUUUUUGUUUGGUUAGCUUAACCUGGACCCAGUCGUUUGUCUCUUUCUCAGUCCUCCAUGCUACACGCUUCAACAACUAGCUGAUCACACAUCUUAGCUCAAAGCUUUGGUGUGCAAGGCAGUGAUAUUGAUUCAUCACGGACUAUUAAGUCCUUCUGUUGUCAAUUUAUUUUUUAAUGUUUUAUUGUGAAUCUAAUCCUGCAUGAAUACGUUUGUGCUGUGAAGUUAAAUCUUCCUGCUGURGUGUUGUUCUUGAGUUGAGGAUUUUUAACGUGGCUCUGCUGAGAUGUUGAGUAGGUGCCACAUUCCCAGGUGGCAUGUGGUGACAGGUCCAUCUGGACCCGCCUGCUGUCACAAACAAACAGGCCCCCUAAAUAGUGAGGGGUCAAGGUCGGUCGAGCCGUCUGGACCAGACCAGACCCUCAGAACCUUCCCAGUCCGUCAGAGGGAGCGGGUGYGAAUCGAGCAGGUAAUGUUUGUGUUCGGAGCUGAUCUGUAGGUUUUUAUCUGCAUGUGGUCCAAACCUAACGAUGUGGACGGGUCCGAGCUAACAGAAGCUGGAACUGAGCAAAGCUCGACCUCAGACUGAAGAACGGCGUCUCCGGCGGCUUCCUGAGUUAAAAGUUUAACAGCUUUAUGAGUUUUUGUCAGAUCCAGUCUCCUCCUGUUUGUCUCGUCCCGRUGUGUUUUAGAAAAGCUUUGAUGGRUGCYGUUCUCUGACCCGUUCUGCUCAGAACCUUCCUAAAAAGGCCCGUGUGAUCCAGCAAACACAACACGGCUUCUCAAUAUCAUGUUCUGAUCUGAGGUUUGGGAGGAACUMAAAGCCGAUCCGGUUCUUCUGCUGCUGUAAAACCGGGUCUUUCCAGGUUCACGCGAGGACACAGCCGAGGAACGCCGACUGAUGGAUGCAUCKCUGUCUCUGCGCUGCUGGGAGGCGGGAAGUCUGUUCUGUUUGUGAGAGCGAGGAAGAAUAAAUACUCAUCUUCAGAUGCUCAGGGACAACUCAGACUGAAGGCUGAAGGKUUUUUUUUUCUGUCCCCCGGAGGGCUCUCCAGCAGAGGGCAGCACAAGACCAAGUUCCAUUCGGGGUAAACCAGGACCUCGAGCCGUCAGCGCUGUCAGGAUCACACCGUUAAAAACCAUGAAAGGCUGUCCGGACAUGAUUCCCUCCGCAGAUUUGGACCCGAGCAGAGUUUGUAAAGGGAAAGGAGUCGUGACUCUGAGGGCGACGCUCGUCCACGUCGAGGACGAAGACUUAACUGAUGAAGAACCGAACCUCAUCCCACCGACAGUCAGCUGGACGGCUCAGGUUAACGGAGACUCUGAGGGACUGACUGAUGGAGGCAGCAGCUCCGAACAUCUAGAUCAUGAAAACAACGUUCAGCUCCAGCCUCAGGAUAUUUUUUCUCGCAGUAAAAAAGAAGCCGAAGCUCCGUCCUUUGUUGAGACUCACAUCUGUGUUAAAUCCGGUCCUGGUUCUGGUUCUGGUUCUGGUUACCCGUGCACCAGUUCUGUGAACCCGACCAUCGUUCUGCUGCAGCACAACAGAGAACAGCAAAACAGUCUCUCUUACUCUGAAGACUCGGUCCAGGACAGAGACAGAAGCACCGACUCGGGUCGGUCCCUCACCWGUCCGGUUUCUGAAAUGGACGGGAAGAGACAAAGGCUGCACUCCCCCGUCCUCGGUCCUCUCAACAAACCCAUUGUCCCGGUCCGGAACACUGAAACGUCCAAAGACUGGUAUAAGACCAUGUUCAAACAGAUCCAUAAAAUCCCAGACUCAGGAUGUAAGUCCAGAAGAUGUAGAUUUAGAGAGUGAGCCUUGGUUUAAGUUCUUUUCAGAGAUGGAGUUUGACGAAGCGAGUGCCCCCUCCUUCAGCCCCCUGGAAGCUGCCCCCGGUCUGCAGCCGCACCCCUCGAGCAAAUCUGGACUCAGCAAAGUGGAAACGGAGCGAGGAUCCUCCAUGAGCGAGCCUUCGGCUGCAGAAUGUGACCGACAUGUUUACAAGAGCGUCCUGGAGGGCGGAGACAUUCCUCUACAAGGUCUACGAGCGCUAAACAAGCGUCACGGCAGCUCCUCCUC